GUACGAGCACCUUUCUCUUCCUGCCCCAAACACCCCACUAUGCCUCCCCAGACAUCGACGAGUGUGCCCGAGAUCUUGACCUCUGCCAGCCGCACGGGGUGUGCGAGAACACCGAGGGCUCCUUCGUGUGCAUGUGCGAGGAAGGAUUCACGCUCGCCAAAGACCGGCAGAGCUGCGAAGAGCUGCCCCACCAUAAAAAGGAGUGUUACCUGAACUUCGAUGACAGCGUGUUUUGCGACAGUGUGCUGGCCACCAACGUGUCUCGCCAGGAGUGCUGCUGCUCCCUCGGGGCCGGCUGGGGAGAUCACUGCGAGAUCUACCCGUGUCCCGUUCUCAACUCGAUUGAAUUCCACACUCUGUGCCCAGAUGGCAAAGGAUUCAUCCUGGAUGAGACCAUCCUGAACUACGGCAUCCCAACGCAUCGAGACAUUGACGAAUGCAGCCUGUUUGGCGAAGAGAUCUGCAAGGAAGGGAAGUGUGUAAACACCCAGCCGGGCUACGAGUGUUACUGCAAGCAAGGCUUCUACUACGAUGCCAACCUCUUGGAGUGUGUCGAUGUGGAUGAGUGUUUGGACGAGUCCAACUGUGUGAAUGGACGCUGCGAGAACACUCGGGGCAGUUUCCACUGUGCCUGCCCAGCCUCCACCACGUACGAUCCGGCCCAGAAAAAGUGCAUCCCAACCAGCAAAAUUGACAAAGUGACCGAUCGACGGGACGUCUGCUGGCAACUCCGGGGCGAGGACGGGAUGUGUUCAUCGCCGUUCGGUGGCCAACAGUUGACGUACGAGGAGUGUUGCUGCCGCCAUGGCAAAGGGUGGGGUUACCAGUGCCACGCCUGCCCACCACGCAGCCCAGGUAACCGGGGGCGUUCUGGGAAGACCGGCAUCUCGCCUUUCCUUUUGGCACCGGCUCUGUAUUUCAACGACAGCGUGGGAAAUCCUCCCAAGGUGGGCUGAUUAGGAAGGUCGAAA